AUGUCUUCAAAUGUUGGACUCAGUACGCCCCGUGGUAGUGGUACCUCUGGGUACGUACAACGCAACCUCGCGCACCUUCGGCCCCGCGAUCAAGGCAAACCUUACUCCACCGACCUCGACAGUUUGAAACAUCGACAACGGCAGCCCGACAAGGAGAUACUGGAACAUGAUCGCAAGCGGGAGGUUGAAGUGAAAGUCUUCGAGCUACGUGACCUCCUAGAAGAUAAGGGAGUCGAUGAAGAACAAAUCGAGGCAGAAACACAGGCUCUACGCAGAAAAUUAUUGAAGGAAAGCGAGAGGAAUAGGGGACCUAAUGCGAAAGGCUUGAAGAUGCAUCAGGUUCACGAGUUGGCGGAGGCCAAGAUCAAACAGGAUGACAGGUUCCGCAGUGCGCUGGGGAUUAGUAAGAACUACGAGGAGGGCAGCCAUUGGAAAAAGCAAGAAGAGAGGUUGAGAGCCAAUAUGGAGAAAGAUGAGGGUGGCAGUGUCAAGAAGGAGUAUAGGGACUAG